UGUGUCUCUCUGUGUGUGUCUGUGUCUCUCUGUGUCUGCCUCUGUGUGUCUCUGUCUGCCGGUAGAGUACUGCAAAGUAGUGCAGUGGUGUACAGUUCUGCUAUACAGUGGUGUACAGUGCGCCGACGAACAGUGCCGAGUGGUCCAGUGUGGGCGGUGUACAGUGCAGGCGGGUACAGUGUUUACAGUGCAGUCGGGUACAGUGUUGCUAACAGUGCAUCAGGGGACAGUGCAGUCGGGUACAGUGGUGUUUACAGUGCAUCAGGGUACAGUGCAGUCGAGUACAGUGUUGUUUGCAGUACAUUAGGGUACAGUGCAUGCGGGUACAGUGUUGUUUACAGUACAUCAGGGUACAGUGCAGUCGGGUACAGUGUUGUUUACAGUACAUCAGGGUACAGUGCAGGCGGGUACAGUGCAGCAGGGUACAACCACAGGCGGUGAUGGUCGUGGGGAGAGGUGGUGUAGUGGUGAGCGUGUUGGUGAGUGUACAGGAUGUGAAUCUGCUCCCCGAUGUGCAUCCUCUUCCUCAAGUUUGACCCACGGCCCACGACCAAGGGAGCUUACAGGCUGAUGGUGGCUGCGAACCGUGAUGAGUUCUUCUCACGCCCAUCACUCGCCGCUCAGUUCUGGCCCAGCCACCCACACGUGAUAAGCGGCGUGGACCUGCAGGAGGGCAGGGAGGGAGGUUCCUGGCUGGGGGUCACGAGGGGAGGAAGAUUCGCGGCACUCACCAACGUGUUGGAGCACUCACGGGACACACACACACGUGGUCGUGGUGAGCUGGUCUCUGACUAUCUGCGUGCCGAGGUCUCUCCCUCCGCCUACCUCCAGGCGCUGUCCUCACACGCUCACCGCUACAGUGGGUUCAACCUCCUCACCGCCACCUUCGGGAGUGGUGAUGGUGAUGGUGGUGAUGGUGGUGAUGGCGGUGAUGGUGGUGGCUGUGAUGAGCUGUGGUACUACAGUAACCGUGGCAAUGCAGCGCCUGUUUCACUACAGCCUGGUGAGUACGGGCUGAGUAACGCGUUGCUGGACACUCCCUGGGGCAAGCUGCGUCACGGCAAGGCCGCGUUCAGCGUCGCCGUGAGGCGUGGGGGCAGCCACUCGGAGCUCACAGAGGCCCUGCUCACUAUCCUCAACGACACCACACCGGUCCUGCCCGACCCCCUGCUGGAGGCCCAGGGAGACCUGCGCAUGAAGCAGCUCCUGCCGCAGUACGCAGCUGUGUGUGUACGUACCCCUACGUACGGUACACGUACCAACUCGGUGCUGCUCGUGGGGGUGGAUGGCCGCGUGAGCUUCACGGAGCGAACCAUGGAGGAGGUGGAGGAGGUGGAGGAGGAGGAGGAGGAGGAGGUGGAGGAGGUGGAGGAGGUGAAGGAGGAGGCCCCUGAGAGUCACUCCCCUCGCUGGGCCCGCCGGGACCACCACUUCCUGCUACGCCCACAGCCACCCCCCACACCACUCCCAUGAGCCUCCACCCCCCCACCACUCCCAUGAGCCUCCACUGCCACCCCCCACACCACUC